AUGUCCCCCCCUGCAGAGUCCCCGGCCAUGUCCUCCGGCCGAUGCCAUCAUCUGUCUUCCGGGUUCCGUUCCCUGCGAUCGUUGGGAUGUACGGGGGACGGAACUGGUGGGAAAUUCAAAAAUGUCAAAAAAAAUCUGAUAGUAUUCCAUUAGUGUAUCAAACCAUUUCACAUACAUUUUGUCCCUAGUGCUUUGUCCUGUGCCCUGCCUGCAUUUUUACUGUUCUUUCUGCCUGGAAACUGAGAAACAUCCAUGGCGUCCAAAAAGUGUCCCUUUAGGUCAAAAGCGGUUUUAGAGCAGCUAGAGAACAGCGAUAGUAAAUUAGAACCACUUGCAGAAUUGA